CAUAUAUGGUCUUGAGGUGGGUUUCGAUGAUGUAGAUCUAGUUUGGGAGGGGACAAAUAUUUUCUGAACUUGGGGUUCAGUCUGCACAGAACCUGUGACACACAAAAUCUUUUUAGCUCUCAGAAACGGACAGACCUCAUACAACCACUGCUGCAAAGAAGCAAAAGAUGAAGUGGAGUAUUGUUUUGGGGGUUUUCUUGCUAUGCUUUCUUGCAAAUAAUCUAAGCGGUGCCAGAUUCAUUCCUGAAGGGGUGCCUUAUGAACAGCCCCCAGCUCUGCCCUACUGGUCUUAUUCCACCUCAGAUUUCUGGAACUACGUGGAAUACUUCCGCAGCAUUGGGGCCUACAACCAGAUCAAUGAAAUGGCCAGAACAUUCUUUGCCCAUCAGCAUCUUGGAGACACGCUGGGUUAUGAAGUGGCAGAGCAACAUGGACACUAAAUUGAUGUUAUUAGUUCAUCACUCAUAGUUUAGUUUGUUGCAUUAGAAACUAAUGAUAAUUUACUAAAUAGAACUAAACACCAUUUAUAGCCCUACAAUAAUGAGUGAUGUGUUAUAUGCUUAAAUGUAUAAAAAGCAUACAGGAAUAAGUUCAUUUUUCAUUUUCAUUGUAUUGUGAUUAACAGCUUCAGGGUGAAUGGUUGUGAUGUAUUAUACGACUAUUGCAGGUGCAAACAUAGGAACUGUAAGAAAUAAAACAAUAAAGUGUCA